GAGUAAAAUGAAUGUAAAUUGUUGGUUCAGAGUUAUCUAUGUAGAUUUCAGUCAACAAUUUUAGCUAUGGAAAUUCAGUUGGUCCCAAUGUAAAACCCGCCACAUGAUUCAGAAAAGUAAAGAUAGUUGAAGAACUGGGUGAAAACUACGGAAAAAGAACACCAUGCUAGAUUCUGCAACUUCCUAUGUCUCUGACUCCACACUUGAGGAUGUUCCUCACUUGUCUGAUUACAUCCCUGAUCUCCCUACAUAUCCUGACCCAUUACAAGAUAAUCCUUCCUAUGCAGUUGUCAAACAAUAUUAUGUGAAUACGGAUGAUACUGUGGCGCAGCAGAUAGUAGUUCAUAAAAAUAGUCCAGGAGGGACCCUUUUUCGACGCGCUGGACCUGCUCAAAAGGUGUAUUUUGAUUCAAGGGAAGUGUAUGCUUGUAUUGUUACAUGUGGUGGUCUUUGUCCUGGUUUAAAUACAGUGAUAAGAGAAUUAGUUUGUGGAUUAUACCAUAUGUAUGGAGUGCACAAAGUUUUGGGAAUAGAGGGAGGAUAUAGAGGUUUUUACUCGAGAAAUACAAUUCCUUUAACACCAAAGAUUGUCAAUGAUAUCCACAAACGCGGUGGAACCAUUUUGAAGACAUCGUAUGGAGGACAUGACACUUCAAAGAUUGUUGACAGCAUUCAGGAUCGAGGCAUUAAUCAGGUUUAUAUACUUGGAGGAUUCGGAACUCAAAAUGAAGCAGCUUUGAUCUUUGAGGAAAUUAGAAGACGAGGAUUGAAAGUUGCGGUGGUUGGAAUUCCGAAAACUAUUGAUAAUGAUAUCCCUGUUAUUGACAAGUCAAUUGGUUUUGACACUGCUGUUGAAGAGGCACAAAGAGCUAUUAAUUCUGCUCAUGUUGAAGCAGAGAGUGCUGAGAAUGGAAUCGGUGUUGUGAAGUUAAUGGGGCGUUGCAGUGGAUUUAUAGCCAUGUAUGCAACUCUUGCGAGCCGAGAUGUGGACUGUUGUUUGAUUCCAGAAUCACCCUUUUACCUUGAAGGACCAGGAGGAGUAUUGGAGUUCAUUGAGAAAAGAUUGAGAGAACAAGGACACAUGGUUAUAGUAAUAGCUGAAGGUGCAGGUCAGGAGCUAAUUCUUCCUAGUGACAAAUCUAAUAAGAACAGGCCAGAUGCUGCUUCAGAUGACUUGUUUCAUGAUGUUGGCCUUUGGUUAUCUCUGAAAAUUAAGGAUCACUUUGCAAGAAAUAAGAAAAUGACUAUAAAUCUGAAGUAUAUUGAUCCUACUUACAUGAUUCGUGCUAUUCCAAGUAAUGCAUCUGAUAAUGUGUUUUGCACCUUACUUGCUCAAAGUGCCGUUCAUGGUGCAAUGGCGGGAUACACAGGUUUCACAGUUGGACCAGUUAAUGGCAGAAAUUGCUACAUUCCAUUUCAUCUUAUAAAUGAGGGACAGAAGAGAGUUGUGAUAACAGACCGGAUGUGGGCAAGGUUGCUGUCCUCCACCCACCAGCCCAGUUUUGUGAAUCCUCAACAACACACAGAAGAAGCAAAAGCAGGAUGAACAGAACACAUAUCAGAAGUAGAUGGAAGUGUGUUAAGUCCUAGUUAAAAAUUAUAAUAAUGCCAUUAAAAUGGCAAGUUACUUUAGCAAAUUUAAUGCUUGUAACAUCAAAUUACAUAAUUGACACAAGACAACCAAAACUAUAGGUAUAUCUAUAUUUACAAACUUCGGAAAGUGUCAAAUUGUACAUCUUACAAAACAAAGAGAGAUCUGCACAACAUUAGCAGCUUGUUUUAAUUUAAUUUUCUUUAUCUGCUGAAUACGACAUUGAUAAACUCCUUCA